CUCUCACAUUCUUUUCUAUUCUUUUUAGAAAGUUAACUAUUUCUUGUAAUUCAGCAAUGUCGUCUCAAAAUAAAUUACAUGUAUCCGAUAAACAAUUAUUCACGAUAAAUUUAUUUUCUGCUUUUGUAAACAAUAAUUACAUAAAAACGGAUAAAACCGAUUGGUAUCAACAAAUAUGGAAGGAUGGAAUUAAAGAAGCAGAAGCGUUAGGAUUACAUAGUUCCUUAAUGCCACCAAUUAUAAUAAUGGCAAUUAUUCAUGGAUUAGGAACCGAUUAUUCGAAUUGGUUUAUACCAAAUUAUGAACGAAUUAAAUCGAGUACAUCGAGUACAUCGAGUGUUUAUUCGAAACUCUAUUUUUUGAAUCCGUUCAAAAAUUUCAAAAAUUUCAAAAUUUUCAAAAAUUCAAAAAUCAAUUUAUCAAACGCUGGAAUUAAAAUUGAAAAAUUUUUUAAUAAUAUAAAAUUAAAUGAAAAUGAAGAAAAAAUUUUUAAUAAAUUUAUUAUUAUUGAAGAAUUAGAAGAUACUAUAAUAUUUUUACUUUCUAAUGAAAUAUUAAAAAAUGAAAAAAUGACAAAAUGUUUUGUUGAAAAUUUUACAAUGAUUACAACAUUUUCUAAAAAAAAAUUAUUUAAAAUAUAUUUUAUUGAAAAUAAUAAUGUAAUUAAAUUAUUUAAAUAUUAUUUUUUAAAAAUAUUUAAUUUAUUUUAUUCAUUUUAUUCUAAAAAAUAUGAUUAUGAAGAAAUAAUUUAUGAAAUAUUAACAAGAAAUUUUAAUGAAUUUAGAAUUGAAGAACUAAUGGAUAAUAAUAUAAGAAUAUUUAUGGUAGAUUUGAAAAAAUUCUAUAUAAAAAAUUAUGAGAUAAAAUUUGUGUUAAAAAUAUGGAAUGAAAUGAAUGAUAAUAAAAACCUAAUGACGUCAAAAUUAUAAAUUAACUCUGUCAAAAUUAAAAAUUAACUUAACUCCGUCAAAAUUAUAAAUUA